AUGGAGUUAAAAUUGCCGUACCACACGUAUAUAUUCUAUGACGUGUCAAACAUUAAAUCUUACUCACUGACAUACGCCGCUCAACUUCCGUUCGUAUUUAUCGCGUCUUUCGGAUACGUUGGCCCCAAUACUCUAAUCGUCACUUUGACAGUCCACGUGUGUGGACAACUGUCCGUCCUUGCGGAACGAAUCAGCGACAUAAAUACCGAUGGUCAAGAGUGUGGUCUGGCAAUAAAAACGUUUGUCAAAAAACACGUGCGACUGAUACGAAUAACACAGACUCUGGAGGAGGUGUACAAUGUUAUUUUAUUGGGUCAACUUCUUGGAGGAAUGAUUCUCAUAUGUAUCCUGUUCUACUACGCUUUAGCGCACGCUGAGGGAGAACAAAAUUCAGAUUUCUUCAGUGUUACCUUGUACAUCCUAUGUGUGUUACUUUACAUCUUCGUUUAUUGCUUCGUAGGUGAACGUCUUGUCCAAGAGAGUACUAAAGUACAUGACGCGUUAAGCGCAUGUCGAUGGUACGACAUGUCAUCGGUUCAUGCCAAAAUGCUCAUCAUAUGCAUGGCCAGGUCUCAGAAGCCGCUCGUACUGACGGCUGGAAAAUUCUACAUAUUUUCUAUGGGCAGUUUUGCAAAUGUAAUGAAAACCUCGAUGGCGUACCUGUCGGUGUUGAGAAGUCUCCUUUAAUGCAACUAAUCCGAAAUGGUCUCAAUUUUGAAAUCGUCAUGAGAUACAUGAAUUAAUAUAGGUAAUGAUGUACAGGAACAAGUACAAUUAGAGAUUCAAGAAUUUGUUAGGAAUAUUGAAAGUACGAAAAGCAGCAUACACUGAACGAUUUUUCCAAUGUUGUCCUGAUUAGCACAAGAUACGUGCAUUAAUUCUUGUAGCAUAUUUUCCCCAAAUAUUGAUCACUGAUGAAUUAUUUUCAUGCAAUAUCACGUAUGUUUCCUCAG